UGUCACGUGACUCCUGGCUAUCAACAUGGCGAGCGGGGGGAAACCUGCAAAUAAACCCGUGGCCGUGAAGGCACAGGAAUUCCUCGUGGGUCCACGCUAUGUUGACUUGAAAUACAUAGGGGAGGGCGCAUAUGGAAUGGUUGUAUCGGCUCUGGACACAGUUACCAAACAGAAGGUUGCCAUUAAGAAGAUCUCACCUUUUGAACAUCAGACCUAUUGCCAAAGAACACUCAGAGAAAUCAAGAUAUUAACAAGGUUCAAACAUGAAAAUAUAAUUAAUAUACAAGACAUUUUAAGGGCACCAACUAUUGAGGAAAUGAAAGAUGUAUAUAUAGUACAAUGUUUGAUGGAAACAGACAUGUACAAACUUUUGAAGACACAGCAGCUGAGUAACGAUCACGUCUGCUACUUCCUGUACCAGAUUCUACGAGGUCUCAAAUACAUACAUUCUGCUAAUGUCCUUCACCGUGACCUCAAACCUAGCAAUCUCCUACUCAACACAACGUGUGACCUAAAGAUUUGUGAUUUUGGGUUGGCUCGAGUUGCUGAUCCUAAUCAUGAUCACACAGGGUUUUUGACUGAGUAUGUAGCCACGAGAUGGUACCGAGCUCCUGAGAUCAUGCUCAACUCCAAGGGCUACACUAAGUCUAUUGAUGUUUGGUCUGUUGGGUGUAUUCUGGCUGAAAUGUUAAUGAAUCAGCCUCUCUUCCCAGGAAAACACUAUCUGGAUCAACUGAAUCACAUACUGGGAGUCCUAGGAUCUCCAGGUCAGGAAGACCUGGAUUGUAUACUCAAUGAAAAGGCCAGAGGCUACAUCCAGUCCCUUCCCUAUAAACCCAAGGUAGCUUGGAACAGACUUUUCCCCAGAGCUGAUCCCAAAGCUUUAGAUCUUCUGGAUAAAAUGUUGACCUUUAACCCCCAUAAGAGACAAACUGUGGAGGAGUUACUGGCACAUCCCUACUUAGAACAAUAUUACGACCCUGCAGAUGAGCCUGUGGCGGAAGAACCGUUUACGUUUGAGAUGGAGUUAGACGAUUUACCUAAGGAACGUUUGAAAGAAUUAAUUUUCCAAGAAACAGUUGACCUUAAGAAGAAAAUGGGAAUAGUAGAUUUACAAUAAGGUAGAAGUAAACAUUGCAUAUCUUGAGCUUAUUCCAUUACUGUGGCAUGACGGACUAGAAUUUUACUUUUCGCAUCUUUGUGUCACAAGCUUAAUGGAUUUAAACAUUCCAUACAAACGGCACAAGUCUGUUGUCUCUCUCCAAUGCCUGAUAAUGGACCUGUCCACAGGAUUUCUGAAUCUGAUAUCAACUGAUUUCAAUUGAUAUCUAUUGAUAUUUACUGAUAUCUACAGGAUUUCUGGAUCUGAUGUCAUGGCAUUUAAUGUUCUUUUUUUCCCCCUUUAUUCAUUGCAUAAUUACUGUUAUUGCUUACAAGUCAAUGUUGUUAAAAUGUAAUCUUCCAAUUUUCAUUUCUUUUGUGAAAAAAAAUUUGACAUUGAAUAUGAUGGAUUAUA